GCAGUAGUGACAGAGGCAAAUACUGCUGGGUUGGAGCCAACACUCUCUUAUCAAUCCGGAGGGUGUAUCUGAGGAUUCAGGCAGUGCGGCGGAGGCAUAAAUGGCAAACUAUUUGCCAGUGUCUGGCUGGGGUACGCUACGAGGAAAUGACGAACUGGAACUGGAACUGGAGCCCGCAGCCUGAGCCACUGCCACUGCCACUCAGCCUCAUCACGUGUCAGCAUUUGCAUUGUCUCCUGCGGUGCCUUAGAACUACGAACAACGCCGCCAGCAUUCCGUUGCUCAAGAUUUCCCGUUGUCUGCAGUUGGAAACAAUCAUUUGUCUCCUUACAUCAAUCGCAAUGCCCUGCUUUCAAAGGACUUAAACAAUUGUUGCCGGAGCGAGAUCCCGUCGCACUGUUCGCGCAGCGCACAUGAUGGGAAGUGAACCGAGGUAGGUCGCUGAUCUGUAUAGUAGUAAACAUCUGGGCUAGCCUACCAGCUUCUUUUUCUUCUUCUCAACCGCACCCUCCCAUCAAUACCUCCAGACUCGAUCGCAAACAAAAUGCAAAUCAAAGAUCGAACGUUCAUUGUGUCCGGAGGCUCCAGCGGGUUGGGCCUCGCCACAACCAGCCUCUUCCUUGAGAACGGCGCCAAUGUAUCCAUCCUCGAUCUCAACCCACCUCCCUCAAACACCUUCUUUCACGUCGACUCGUCACGAAUCCUAUUCACCAAAACGAAUGUCGCCUCGACAGAGUCCCUACAAACCGCGGUCAAGAGUACGUUGAAAUGGAUUCAAGAAACGACCUCAAAGCCACUGUCAGGAGCAAUCUGCUGUGCCGGUAUUGGGACGGCCGCGUUGUCUCUUCCGCGGCAAGAUGCCUCCGCGACGCAUGACAAUGUGAAAUAUAUGGACAUGGGCACGUUUGACCGAACCAUCGCCAUCAACCUGCGCGGCACUGUCGACUUGAUCCGCCUCACCAUCCCUCACAUGGCGCUCAACGAGCCCUGGGGCCCGGAUGGCGAACGAGGCAUUGUGAUUGUGGUAUCGUCGGUGGCAGCCUAUGAAGGCCAAGUAGGUCAACUGGCAUACAGCGCAAGUAAAGGGGCGGUUCGGAGCAUUGUUCUACCACUAGCUCGCGAGUUGGGCCUGAAGGCUGGCAUCAGAGCCAUGGGAAUCGCACCCGGAGUGUUUCAAACAGGUAUGACGGUGCCGCCGAAGAAGAACAACUCCAGUUCGCCUGUCAAGAAGGAGGGCAACGAGAGCAAAUCGAAGGGUGCUACUGGUUCGCGCGCAGCAGUGAACCCAGAAAUGAUCCAGUACCCGAUGCGGAUGGGCCGAGGGGAGGAAUUCGCCCGCCUUGUGAAAGAGAUAGUCGAGAAUCCCAUGCUCAACGGUGGAGUCAUAAGGUUGGAUGGCGCGGUGAGGAUGCCUAGCCGUCUAUAGUACGGAGUGAGACAAUAUAGUCACGCUUUUACACCCCCGGGGCCAAAUUCUCGGCUAGUAGAUCAUAACAUGGUUAACUACCAGAUCAGGAAGGGUUGUGGUCAUCAUCGGAACGAAAGUCAAACAGGACAUGGUCAUCUCGCUUUAUUGUCGAAAAGACCAGGCACCUAGUCGGUGGCAGAAUUCUCUCCGCAACUUGUGCGGAGAUUUGUAUACGCGGUGCGUAGAGAAUUCUACCAUCGACUAGGUGCC